GAAAAAAAACAUGACGUUAUUCGAUUAGAUUCGUGGAUUUUUUUGUUUGCAUUAAAAUUUAUACAACAUUCUACUUGUUAUUUAUAACAAAUGUAGUGUUUAAUGAUCCAGGCGAUUAUUGAUUUACAUAAUAACGAAAAACCUUCCUAGGAAAUCUCAAAAUAACAGGAUGACGGAGACGCGACGAUCACUUCACCUUGGAAAAUGCAUAGAGGAUUUGGAUAAAUUACACAAUGUGCCUGAUCUUAAGCCUAGACGAGUAACAAUGUUAUGUAAAACUGCUCAAAAAUUGUUUGAAAAUGCAGAGCAGGCCCGAGAAAAGGGCGAUGAAGAGUAUUCCUACGUAUACUACAUGAAAUACCUUCGUGUUGUCGCGUUUUUGAGCAAGGACAAAGACUACAUGAAGGAUAAAGUGUAUUACACCAGUAUGCUCGGUGCAAAGAAUCCGAAAAAAGCUUUGGACUAUGCGGAGAUGCUCAAAAUGAGCCUGAUUGAUAGAUAUGGACAAGAGCAGAAAAUGAAACGUCUCAAUGAUAUAAAGGAGAGUGAAUUGUUCAAACAAAAGAUAGAAGAGAAUCGGAAGAAAGCUAUGGAAGUGACACUUUUUAAUGAGCCUUCUCAAUUGUUGCCAGGUCCUGACGAGGUGACCAUCAGGAGCGAGCAGCUGUACACGGUGCUGAAGAGCGGGAAACUGCGCGUUAUUAUCUUGGAUGCGAGGCCCGCCGCCUCCUACAUCGAGUCCCACAUCAACCACCCGGCUUGCAUCAGUGUUCCUGAGGAGUGCAUAUCACCUGGGCAAUCGGCGCACGUGCUGGAGCAGAGACUGCCGAGCGCGUCGCUUGCGGCGUGGGCGGAGCGCGCGCGCGCGGCGCUGGUGGUGCUGCUGGACUGGGGCAGCUGCGAGGUCAUCCCCGGCAACAAGCUGUAUCUGCUCAAGACCAUACUGCUCAAGUGGGACGUGAAAGUUCACUACCAACGCGACCCUCUAGCAUUGAAGGGUGGUUACGAAGACUGGUUGCUGCGCUACCCCGCGCUCACCACCAACCCCGCCGUCGUGCCGCCCCGACAGGACGAGUUCCUUAACGAUAUGCUGGGUGACAUAGAGUACCCGGAGUGGCAGGACGAGGCGCCGCGCCCCGCGCUCGCGCCCGCCGAGCCCCUCGUGGACCGCGCCAGUAAGGCGGCCGCAGUACAAAUCUACGAAGAGCGAGCGAGAAUGCAGUCGAUUCUGGAGCAGCAGGAACAACUGGAAGACAACUCUCUGACGCUCGAAAUGCAGAGGAUCGAAGCCGAACAGGAUUGGGAAAAGGUGCGCAUCCAGCGAGAGACAGCGGAGAGGGACGAGAUCCGGGCGAUGUACAAGCUGCGCGAACACGAGAUCUCGUCGCAACUCAUGCAGCUGGAGAACAAGCAGUACGACAUGGAACAAGAAAAUAUACGGCUCCGAGAACAGUUAGAAGAGUACCAACGUCGAGAAAGAGAGGAAGCGGCUAAACUCGCCAACGCCAUAGUGGAGAAGGCUGAUGAUGAAGCGGAACGGCAACGGCAACAGCUGUUGAAGGAGCAAACGGCCGCCGAGCGCGAGCUGGAGAGCAAGCGCGCGCGCAUCGCGGCCGUGCGCAGGCGCCGCGUGCAGCUCGACCGUGCGCGCGGGCUGCUCGAGGCCGAGCGCAAGCGCAAGCUGCUGCUCAGACAGGAGGAUGAUAGCGACACAUACAUGUCCUCCCCGGGAGACAGCCCUGGAGCGACAGGCCUCAACCGAUCUCAUUCCUCUCCUAACAUUCCCAAGGUACCGUCAGAAGAGGAUAUAUCCGUCCCUCAAGUGGACCGCAGCACUAAACCUUGUAAAAUCGCGCCCUCGCACGAACACUACCAGAGGGACUUCCAGCCUGUCUGGGGAGAUGUGGAACGGGGCCUGACCGGCCUGAAAAACUUAGGCAACACCUGCUAUAUGAACAGCAUCAUCCAGUGUCUGAACAACACCAGCAUUCUUGUCACGUACUUCUGCUCCGGGCAGUACUUGGAGCACGUCAACAGGUCACACAGCACACGCGGCGCUAUAGCCGAAGAAAUGGCGGCGGUCGUCCGCGCUUUGUGGUCCGGCCAAUAUAGGUUUAUCGCGAUCAAAGAUCUCAGGAACGAAGUCGGCAAACAUCAAAGGGCGUUUCGCGGCUGCGAGCAACAGGAUUCUCACGAAUUUCUCACCAUCCUAAUGGACUGGCUACACUUGGAUCUACAGUUUACUCUCAACGUGCCUCCAAACAAGGACAGUCUACCGGCAUCAGAGAAAGCAUGGCUCGAGUAUACAAAGUCGAAAGAGAGCUUGAUUCUCCAACUGUUCUACGGCCAGAUCAAGUCCACAGUGCGCUGCACGACGUGCGGCAAACAGAGCGUCACAUAUGAAUCAUUCUCGAACCUCUCAUUGGAAUUACCGGCCAAUGCUAAUAGAUGUUCUCUUAGUGACUGUCUGAAACUGUACCUAAACGGCGAGACGAUACCUGGUUGGAACUGUCCGAAUUGCAAAGAAAAACGGGACGCGGUCAAGAAACUCGACAUUUCCCGCCUACCCCCAGUUUUAGUCAUUCAUUUCAAACGUUUUUACGUAGAUCCAAAGGAUUAUAUGUGCAAUACAUACCGGAAAAAACAGACUUAUAUAGAUUUUCCCUUGGACGAAUUAGACAUGAGACAGUUCUCGCUACAUUGUCCUAGUAAUCCUGUAUAUAAUUUAUACGCUGUCUCCAAUCACUACGGGUCCAUGGAAGGCGGGCAUUACACAGCCUAUUGCAAGAAUACAGCGUGUUUCAAGAACACGUCGUAUUGUAAAAGCAACGUGUUUGGAAAAUGGUACAAAUUUGACGACCACGUGGUAACAGAGAUAUCCUCAAGCGAAGUGAAGUCAAGCGCCGCUUACAUUUUAUUCUACACGUCGUGCGGACCGGCGAGAAUGGCGUGAUCUGACGAGUGAAGUGAACAGCGAAGUGAUAAGUGAACACUUUCGGUGCUAAGAUGUGAAGACAUGACUGGUUAGUGGGGCCUUGGCCCAAAAUUGGGGAUUAUCCCAUCAAUGUGUGGUUUCAGUCCAUGAAUGCGGGGUAUGGUCCAAAGUUAAGUGGUUACCCAGUCCCGUAUUGAGCCUUGGUCCAAUGAUUUUAAGGUGGAUUUUUAUUGGUCAAAUCUGGAAGAUUACUGAAGCCUUUAUACCUACAGUGUAAAAAAUGAUUCUUAAGAAGUGAUUGUGACCUCAUUUGACUUUAACUUUGACUCUAUGAUUAGACUAUGAGUUCCAUCUGUGGUUAUAAUACGGCUAUAUCAGCCGUAUUAUAAUAUAAUACGGUUAAUUGGCGUAGUUAAAAUAUUAGAUGUGGUUGUAUAAAAGGUGACCUAAAGUACCCAGUUGAGUAUAUGAUAAAGCUUGUCGUCCAAAAAGGUUAAAGUGAGCGGCAAGAACUAUGUAAAGAGGUAUUUAACGAUAUUUUAUUGACGAAAUAUAUAAGUAUUGUUUUUUUUUUUUCAUAUCAGUUAACAAUUUAAAAUUUGGCCAAAAGAGGGCCAAAUUGGGAAGUGUCGAAAUUGGGCCUAUGUACAAAUUGAACUAGUGUCAAUAUUUACUACAUUUGGAAAUUUAUCCAAAUUGCAACUAUGUCCAAAUUGAGUAAGGCCCAAAUUGGGACUAUGUCCAAAUUUAGCUAGUGGCCAAAUUGCGACUUUGUCCAAAUUGAGUAGGGUCCAAAUUGCGACUAUGUCCAAAUUAAGCUAGUGUCCAAAUUGCACCUUUGUACUAAUUAAGCUAGUGUCCAAAUUGAGCUAGUACUAAAUUGUAUGUCUAAAUUGGACCCAUACUUUCACAGAAUGAUAACGACAUUUGAUAUUUUCUGGUAGAAUUUUCAACAAUACUAGGACGACAUAGAUACGUAUGAGGUUCUACUUUGGUGAGUCUAAAUAAAUGUGUAACUUACAUAUAACAAUUUACAAAAAAAAAUACUUAAAAUCGUGCACUUCCAAAGUACUUCAUUAUUUUCAAGCGGCACAGAUCUUUUGAAUCUGUUUUAAGAUAUUUUGUGACGUUCCACAAGAAAAGGUACAUUAUAGAGGGCAGUCGCUUUCAACAUAUUAUAUACGACUGGCCGUUCAUAAUAUAUUUUAGAAUUUAAAAAAAAAAUACAAUUUGCAAAAUCAGGCGAUAUUAUCUUUUCUCGUGAAACGUCACAUUUAAUAUGCCUCUGUGUCCAAUAUAUAAUUAAUUAUCUGUACAUUUGAGAACCGCCGUUAGAAAGAACCUCUUUUUUUUUGUAUAAAAACUAGAUCUAUUUUUAGUCAUAAACAUCGUCAAUUAAAAAUUUUCAAAGAACAAUAGGGUUGUCAAAAAUCCUGACUUUCGAGUCAGCUGACAGAAGUUCAGUCACGCACCUCCAUUAAAACAUUGAGAAUAAUUUUGGUAGUAAUUUUUGUAACUCUUAUUUUAUGGUACUUUAACAUAAUAAUUUGAUCGUCACAAAAAACAUGAAUUGUCUAUAAAUUUGUUUGAGAACUGGCAUUUUCAAGGCGGUCGUAAACUUUUAUCUUCAAUAUUCCUUAAAGACAUGUUAAUAACCCUGGAGAUAAAUAUUCUUCAAUCUGUGUGAUUUGUCCUUAUAUUUAUUUAUUUAUAUUUUAUAAAGAAUUACUUGUAAAAUAUCAACAAUUUCGGCCGGACUAGAAAACUAACAUCGUAAACAACGUUUGUUCUACGUGUUUUGUCUUAACUUGAUACAUUAGAUAAAAUAUAUAAAUAUUCCUGUAUUGUCUGUCUUACAUUUCUUACGAAAAAGUCAAAUUUAUUUUAACCUGUAAAACUUCAUGGCUCGUGCCAGCUUAUUGUUUUAUAUAAAUGUAUAAAAUUAAUGUGUAUAAAAUAUAAAGUAGCGUGUACAAAUGCUUGUAUAAUUAUAGAUUCAUGUAAUUUAUUCUGUUAUUUGGGAAUUGCGUAUAUACUAUAAUGGAAGACUGAAUCUAAAUUCUUUUUUUCAUUUUGUAUGGUCAUGUGUGUGAAUUUGGUUAUAAAUAAUGUCAAUUUUACAAACAAGUAAAUUUGUAAUAUAUUCCUUCAAUACAGGUAUCCAAUCGUAUGAACAUACGAGAUUUACUUGCGAAAUUAAUUCGUAUCAAUUCCCAUAUUUAUUGGCUAAAUAUAAAGAAAAAACAAAUUGUUGCCAUUAACCUAGUUUUCAUUACCCUAGUUUGUAUAUGAAGAGUUGACUACAUUUUUUGUUAUCCCCCCAGUGUUGCCUAGCCAAGAGAUCAUUUAUUUUAUACUAUAAUUAACUACAUAAUAGAAUGCAUUAAUUGAACACUAUCCAAAAUUGGCAAUAUUUAUUACAGAAAAAUUCACACACGGUAUAACUGUGAUGAUUAGAGUGCGUAAAAUUCAUAGACAUUACCCUACAAUAUUGAACUUUAUCGAAGAACAGUGCCUGAGAUAGGUAGUGUAUAGGCAAAGACGACCAAUGGAUGCUAAUCAGUCUAAGAACAAAGAAAAAUGAACUUUAAAAAUAGUGAGAUAGAAUCCAAAUUUGAUUUAACACGAAGAAACGUAAUUUAUAAUAGUCAUGUAAAUAAAUAUUGUGUGUAUGAAUAUGUUCUUAGGUUAUGGGCCUCACUUGGUCAGUCUUGUGCCCCAAAAAAAGCUAGGUUCACAUGAAAUGCGAAGAUAUAGGUAUUUUGUUAGUGUUAUUGGUUUUUUCGUGAAUUACUAGUAAUCCGCUCCGCCUAAUUUAUUUUUUUUUUCAUUUACGACUAUAUAAUUUGUCAAGGUCAUUUAUAAUUUUAAUUAGUUUUAAGUGCGAUUAUUAUGUAGCUGAAGUAGUGUAAUGUGAGUGUGAAGUUCAAUUUCAUUGCAAUUUUUUAAUUCGCCCAUCCCCCCCCCCUGGGAGAUGGGGGAUAUAAAGGAGGCUCACAGGCAACUCGCAAAAAAAAUUCGACUUCUAACACUAACACUUCUACACUCGUACUUAACACUAAUAAAAAUUUGAAAAUUUGAGCCUAUACGAAGUUGUGGUUAAAUGUUCGUUUAUAAUUUUAUUUCAAUGGAUUUUUACGCAUUUUGUGUUCAAAGUAGGUAUACAGAUUUUGUGAACCUAGUUCUCUGAAUUACGAAGUGAGGAAGCAAGAAAUUUUUUUAAAUCAAUAUAAUUUUGUAAAACUAUUUAUUUUCCAAAGAAAUUCAACUUAAUAUCAUUUAUUUAUUUUCCUUUAUAUGAAAUCGAAUUUAAUGCAAUGGUCUUUAAAAUACUAUAACACUGCAUACUCACGUUCAGGAAUGUCAUAGUAAAUGUCAACUGCGAGCACCUAAGUUUUUUCUAUUAUCACCAAGUUUAUGAAGCUCAAUACGCUGAACUGUGUGGUUCAAUGACUUACAUACCAAAACAUAUUAUGGUGGUCGAUCUAACAAAAAUAUAAUUUCAAAAAAUGUUAAAAUAGGUAUCACAAAAAUCGCCUGACCAAAAAUAAUGGCGAUACCGUUUGAACUAAGUAACAGUGUAUUUUUUUUUGUGUAUACAAAUCUAUGGCCAAUGUUUUGUUUAUCAAGCUCUCGAACUAAAUAUAUGAGGAAUGAGUUUUAGCGCUCUUUGCGAAUCUGAUGCUUUAUACAAAAUGUAGCACUAGAUUCUAGAUAUAUCCAGGUCUUGUACUUAUGAACCAGUAUUUUAAAGGAUGUAUAUUUCUUGCUCCUUGUUUCUCGUUCAGCCUGAAACAGUUUUCAUUAUCUCGACUGUUGUAAACUGUACAUAGCAUUCAUAAAUGGAUUACCUAUUGUAAAUCUAAAUGUAAGACGAACUUUAUUAAAUUCUUUGUUAAUAUAAA